AUGCCUGUUCAAAUUAGUUCAAAAUAUUUAUUAUAUCCCCCUAUUUAUAGAUCUCCAAAUGUUCGUUUCGCUUCUCUUAGACAUUGGCUUAUGCGUUCUGAUCGAACUUUUGAAGCCUCCGAAGCUCGUCUUUUAAGUAGACUUCGAUUCUUUAUAUUAGGAGAAAAGACUGAUACUUCCGAAUUGAAAACCACUGCUCGAGUUGGUUUAGUUGAUUUAGAUGGUGAUGGUAAAAGGAAAAUAAAUACUUUGGUCAUUGAUAAUAAUAAUGGGACGAUCGCAGAAGUUCAGGAAAAAAAAAAUCUUGUAAUGUGUCAUGGAUUUGGUGGUGGACUUGGUUUCUUUUAUCGAAAUUAUCAUCGACUUAGUCUUGUAGAAGGAUGGAGAAUAUAUUCAAUUGAUUGGCUUGGAAUGGGUAGAAGCACACGGAAAACUAUUGAAGAAACCGUUGAUGAAGCUGAAAAUUUCUUUGUGGAUUCACUUGAAAAAUGGCGUCAGGUACAAAAAAUUGAGAAAAUGACGCUACUUGGUCACUCAUUAGGAGGUUAUUUUGCGGCAGUGUAUGCAUUAAAGUACCCUCAACAUGUAGAAAGAUUAAUUAUGGUAUCACCUGUUGGAAUUCCUCCAAGUCCAUACGAAGAUCUCAAAAAUAUUAAAGAUAAUGUAAAUGGACGUACAUUACCUUUAUGGUUAGUAAAAUUAUGGGACGCAAAUUUUACACCACAAUUAUUAAUGAGAUUGGUUGGACCAUUUGGACCAUCGUUAAUUUCACAAUAUACAUCUCGUCGGUUUGCUAAUCUUGAUGAACAAGAUCGAAUUGAUUUGCACGAUUAUCUUUAUCACGUUUCUGCAGCACCCGGUAGUGGAGAAUAUGCUUUAUCGAGAAUUCUUGCACCUGGAGCUUAUGCUCGAAAGCCAUUGAUUCAAAGGUAUUCUAAUCAUGGAGAGGAAGAUUGGAUGGAUUAUCGAGAAGCCAUAAAAGCCUCUGUUAAGAUGAAUGUACCAACAAAAGUAAUUCAAAUUCCUCAUUCGGGUCAUCAUUUAUACAUUGAUAACCCUGAAGAAUUCGACAAAGCUGUGAUUAAUGAAAUGGUAGAAGUUGCAAAUAGUUGA